ACUGAUCUUGAAUUGACCGCGGAUUUUUCUGUUUCCUGUGCUGAGAAAUGUCAAGUCACAAGUUUACAAGGAAUGGCUACAUACUGCCAUGUACAAAAUGAACAAAAGAAGGGCAGAACAAGGGCUACAGUCUAUUACAAAGUUUUUUAAGUCAAUACCAUCACCAACAUCGGACAGGCAUCCAACAGGCCGUGUUCCACGGGAAGAAGUCAACGGUAUGUAAACUGUCCAACCAAUGGCUGGUCCACCUAGAUGGUAGUUAACUGUGCUUCUGCUUUGCUAUGUGGAGAUGUUGUACUGGACUGUGGUACAGUGUAGACGUAUACUUGUUUAGUUGGAUGCCAUCACAUACAUUUUUGUGUACCUCUAUAUUGUUUGCUGGACAACUGGGUGGUCACUCUUUAUUCUGCUUUACCCUGUUUAUUGUUGUUUUGGAAUCACUUUUUUGGUGAUUUUUUUUUUGAUAUAUUCCCAUCCAUAUAUUGGAACGGAAGACACUUUUUGUGAAUAUAAACACGCUGACAUCUAUUGUCAAAUCUGUAUACACAUUAACUUGUAUAUUCAUCCAAGCAUGCAUCCAUUCAACUCAAACUAUAGCAGAGAGAGGGGACCAAGGCAGCAAGGAUAUAGUACUGAUAAUCAUAGCUACAACAAUGCAGGAAGAAGGCCGGAACAGUGUGGAAAUGGGAACCAGUUUCCUGUGCAAAAUUACUAUGGAAAUAACUCUCAAAUGUGUACAGAUAUGCACGGAAAUAAUCGGAAUAGACGAGGUUUCCAAGGGGGAUGGAACAACUUUAAUCCUCCAAGGCAAUUUCCAAAUCAGCAGUUUUGGUGUCAUGAAGCUGGACAGAGUGAGGAACAAAAUAGGAGACAGAUGGAGCAGCAAAGAAGAAGAAGCUAUCUUGAACAAUUUGGCCAUCCAGAUAUACAGCAAAAUGAAGCUCAAUUUAAUAGGCAUUAUACAAAUUCAUGCAAUGGAAGAAACUAUCAUCCUGAUCAUCUUGGAGAUAGACGAUGCUCUCCUGAGUUUGAUGGGGCAAGACAUAGCAUCAGUGGGCUUUUAGGGGAUUUUCCUAGAGGAAGGCAAACUUCAGGUUUUCAACAUUUAGAAAGAAGACAAAAUCAACAAGAUACUCUGAGACAGCUCAAUUUCAGUAAUAAUGACAUGCACACAAAUUGGGAUUGGAUCAAACCAAAAUUAGUUAGCUUGAUGGAAAUUUACUUUGAUCAGUCUUCUGAAGAUUUCAGUAAUGAGCAACAACCGAUGAGAAACUCUACUCAAUACAGGGGUCAGGCAACAUCUUUUCAAAAGUCCCCUUCAUUUCAGAAAUGUGAAAAAAAGAAGAAAAGAGGCCCUUUUGGUAGAAACUGCCAUGCCAAUCAAGCAACUAAAGUACAAACACAUUCAAAUGAUAAUGGCAGUUUUGAUAACAAUUUCAGUGAUGGACCAACUCACUGUGACAAUAAGGAAAUUGGAAUUGUCAAGGAUAGUGAAAAACUGAUUCCAGCAAUAGCUGCAGGUACAUUGUCUGAUAAAUCAUUGUCAGUUGACCAUUCACCUCAAAAAUAUUCAGAGAGCCAGAACCACAAACUGACAGGUCUUGACACAGAGGGUGAAAACGGUAGAAAUUCCGAUGACAGGAACAAAACGGCACCUUGUGGACAGGUAUAUGUUUUUGAGGAAGUUCAUAUAGUGGGCAGGUUAUAUGUUUUUGGGGAAGUUUCUAGUGGGUAG